UCCGCCGCGCGCGCGCAUGCAGCCAGUCGGCGUCACGGCAGCAGCCGCAGUGACGCACCAUGCCAUCAGCCAAGAAACGGCCGCACUAAUUGGCUUCGUCUUCUUGUCCGAGCUCGUCGCGCGCCGCGCUUUUCCCCCCACCUGCUCGCGAUCAUCCGUCCAUCCAGAUGGCGUCCUCCUCCUCUUCCUGGCCGCCUCGCGUGCGUGCGGAUGAUGCCGCCGCGUGCGGGACACGCGAGGCGGAACGCCGAGAUCGAUGAAGGACGGGGCUAGGGCUAGAUAGUCGCGAAAACGAGAGACGCGGUUAGGAUUCUUGUGGCGAUGGACACCACCAGGAAGCUGCCGGUCUGCGAGAUCCACUGCCGGGAGCGCCGCCGGCGCCGCCUCCUGACGACGGCACUCCUCGUCGCCGCCCUCGCCGCCGCCGUCGCGCUCGUGCUGUACCUCGUCUACCGCCCCGUGAAGCCGCAGGCGUCCGUCGCGCGCGCCGCCGUGUACCGCCUCGCCGCCGCCAACGACUCGGCGCCGGCACACGCGCUCGCCGCGAGCGUGCAGUUCACGCUGGUGCUCCACAACCCGAGCGACCGGGCCUCCCUGCUCUACGACGGGCUCGUCGGCUACGCGACGUACCGCGGCGAGCCGGUGACGCCGCCCGCGCCGCUCCCGCCUAUGGUGCAGGACCGCGGCGCCGACGUGUCGCUGUCGCCGCUGCUCGGCGGCGGCGCCACCGUGCCGGUGUCGGCGGACACGGCGCGCGCGCUGGCCGCGGACUGCGGCGCGGGGCGGGUGCAGCUCCGGCUCGUCGUCAUGGGCAGGGUCAGGUACAGGAGCGGGCCGUUCCGGAGCGGGUGGCGCGACCUGUACGUGCGGUGCAAUGUCAUCGUCGGGCUGAGCAUGGCGGCCGGCGCCGGCGACGUGCCGCUUCUCAGGUACCCCCGGUGCGCGGUGGAUGCUUGAGUGCCGCCUGCACGCUGCUCGAUCGCCCGCUCUGAAUUAAUUCUGAUCGAUUUCGAUUGUAAUGGCGAAUAAUCUAGGGAUUUUGUCAAAUAAUAAUAGUGUUGUCUCGUGAUACUUUACUGCUUGUGACUUCAUCUAGUGGUAAUUUGUGAAUUGUGAGCUCGAUUCUUCCAAAACCCAAAUGAAACAGAG